AAGUGCUUGGAACCAUGAUAGUGGGGCCAAUUCUUCUAUCAAGAGUGUGACUGGGGUUUGUGUGUGUGUGUCCUCGUGUCCAUUACACAGGCCAGGGUGGGAUGGGUGACAGGACAUUUACGCGCUAAAGGGGAAAGAGGAGUGGGCCAGAGGCAGGUUGCCAUACGACGCCUGCAUUUUCAGAGGCCCCAGGACCGUAAGAAUAUUUUUUCGCCUUUGUCUAUCCCCGUCCCGUGCACCCUCUCAAAUUCAGGAUCACUGGAGAUAUUAGCGUGUUCCCCGGUGCCGACCUCCUCCCCCCUUUCCCCCCCAACCUCCGCCGUCUACCUUGGGAAGAGAGGCAAGAGUGAUGCAAAUGCGAAGAACCCUGGAUUUGGUGUUAUAGGAAAUCUAUGCUUAGAACUAGAAGCGAGUUUAGAAGGUUGUAAUACAGCUUUAUUUUAUAGAUAAGGGAGGGUCGGUCAUUCGCUAAACAUUUAUUAAGCUCCUACUAUGUGCCAGACAUUUUGCCAAAUACUGGGGACACAAAGCACAGUAGGAGAUUUCCUGCUCUAUAGGAACUCACAGUUUAAUAGGGGAGACUAUGCAAACAGCUAUGAACAGAAAAGAAACAUACAAGAUAAGUUUGAAAUAACCCGCAGACAGACCGCACUAACAUUAAGGGGAAUCAGGCUGCGAUUUGGAGAAAGGGAAUCCAGGAGGUAGAGAUGAGGAGGGAGAGCAUUCCGGGCUAGAAGAACAACCGAAAUGUCAAGGGUUAGGAGAUGAAAAUGUUUUGUGUGAAGAACAUCAGGGAGGCCAGUGUAACUGGAUUGUAGAGUGAAUGGGGGUGAAUCGGUGUUAGAAGAUUGGAAAGUGUAGGAAGGUGCCUAGAAGGAAUUUAUAUUAAAUCUAGGAGGUGAUAAGGAGCCAUUGGAGUUGAUUGCGGGAAGGGUGUGUGUGCUGAUGAUGUCAUGAACAUGUGUGUUAGGAAGAUCACAGACAGUUGAAUGGAGGAUAACUUGCUGAGUGAAGUCUUCUUGCAGUCAGAUCAAACAGCAGGAUCUUGAAAUAUAUAAAUCAGGUUGGAGGUGAUAAAAAGCCUUGCACUGGAGUAUUGGUAGUAUUACAGGAGAGAAGGGUGAGGAAAGGGAAGAGAGCAAACUUUUGUUAAUCACUCACUAUGUUCGAGGCACUCUGCUAAACACUACAAAUAUUAUCUCAUUUGAUCCUCACAACAGCUGGGGAUAGGUGCUAUUAUUAUUCCUAUUUUACAAGAGAAACUAAGUUUCUGACUGAGAAAGUCAGAUAGAGGUUAAAUAACUAGUAAGUAAGUGUCUGAAAUCAGAUUUGAAACUCUAUCCAUUAGCACACUGUCCAUUGCACCGUCUUGAUAUUUACAUGGCAAUGGAGAAAGGAGAGGGUAGCUGGUGCAAGGGUGGUAAGUAUAUUGCAGAAGAAACUGAGCAAGACAGAGAUUAGAGACCAAUUCAAUAGUUUAUUAAAUGGUGGGGGAGGCCCCUAGGAAGAUACAAUGGAGGGAGGUUACUGAUAUUCUAAUGACAUCUAAAAUGGAUAAACCUUUAUCUCAUCAAACAUUAAGAGGGAAAGGUUAUAAUCUGAGGCAGAAUAACUAAAUAGGAUAAUGGGGAAACUAGGUCACAACAUCAAAAUGGAACUUUGGCACAGCAAUAGUCUGAGAGACAAUUGAGGGUUUGAGAGAUUGGAGGUCAUGGGCUUGAUGAAGAAUAAAAUUUGUGAUUGCAAAGCAGAAGAAAAGGUGUAAUGAAAUCGAUCGUGGGAUAGGGGAAUUCCAGAGUUCAGGAACUGGAAAUGAAGCCUUAAUAAAUUUUUAUGGGAUGCAAGGUCAAGUGUAUCACCAUCUUUGUAUGUGGUUGAGAUGUGAAGUAGUAGUUCAUAUGAAUUGAACAGGUUGAGGAACUUUUAUGUUUUAUGUUACUUGAAGAAGUAUCUAUAUGCUUAUGUUCCCUCAUGUGAGGUCAGGAGUUUGAAGAAGAGAGAAAGACUGUAAACCAGGAACUGAACUCUUUAAGGAAAGAAGGCAAGUGUUUUGUAGGUCUGUCAACAACAGCUAGCAGAAUUUGACUGGGUGGUAAAUAUGAUUGGAUGAACCAGAAAGGAGAAUUCCAUUACAAUCUUGAUCAGUAAGCCAGGGGAAUGAGUAAAGAAGGUAUAUCAGGAUUAAAGGGAAGCCAAGCAGGCUGUAAUCAGGAAGGAGCCUGGUUUCAGUGAGAGCAGAUGAUGGAGGAAAUGGGAAAGAAAAAGAUUUAACAUGAAAUCAGGUUUGUUGCCUAUGGACCAAGCAUUCCAGAGGGAACAAUAGUAAAGGUGGGUAGUUUUAGAGUGAUAUAUUGGGGAGGAGUUUUGUUGAGGGGAAUGAGAGUAAGGGGAUGGAUGAAAUGGAAGUGUGAAAAUGGGAUUCGAAUAAUGAUUACCCGGGGUUGUAAAUCUCUGGAUGGGGAGAGUAUCACUAAGGGCUAGUUUUGUUAACCUUUGAGAAAAGAAUUUAGAUAGAUAUUCAUUAUCUUUUUUUUUUUUUUUUUAAAUUUUGCUGAGGAUGUUGGGGUUAAAUGACUUGCCAGGGUCUUACAACUAGGAAGUGUUAAGUGUCUGAGAUCACAUUUGAACUCAGGUCCUCCUGCUUUCUAGGCUGGUGCACCACCUAACUGCCUUGAUAUUCAUUGUCUGUAGGAAUUUGGCCUCUAGUGAAAAUCUGGCAGGGUCUCUCCAGAAAAGGUGAAGUCACCUGUCCAAGAUCACAGGGUAGAUAUUUGCAGGGAACUCCAGAUGGAAGGGUACUUUCACUACACCAUACUGCAGAAGAUUGAGGUUCUAGUCUUAGCCUUCUGAGAUCAAGAACAAGCUCUUUACCUUCCCUGAGAAAUUAUUUUCCUAUUAUAUAAAAUGAAGAAGAUUAAGUAGGUGGGAAUCAAAUCAUUUGUCCUAAAGUUUAAGAAGCAUUUUUAGGGAAAGCAAAGAUAGGAUGUUGCUUGAAAAUACUGGCUCUUAAAUUUGGGUCUAUAAAAAGUCUUGAAAAAAGACAGAAGGACAGGAUUUUUGUUUUGUUUUGCAUUUUUUUUUUAGAUACUUUCUAGCUGUGUGACCUUGGGCAAGUCACUUAAUCCGCAAUUGCCUCAGAGGGAAAAAAUCGAGAGGUAGCAUGAUAGAUGGGAAGCACUGUUCAAGAGUCAUGAGACUUGAGUUUGGGUUGUGGCUUUGAUCUUUACCAGCUGUUUGAUUCUGAGCAAAUUUAUUAACUUACCUGAACCUCAAUUGAAUAAAAUUAUUUAAUUUUUUAAAUUAAAUUUUAUUUUACUUUCAGAUUCCCGUUGGUCCUCCCCUCCCUCACUCACUGAGAAAGCGAGAAAAAUGACCACUAUAAAUAUAUAUUUCCUGCAUUAGUCAUGUCCAAAAAAAGAAAAAAAGGAAUGACGCAAAAACAAUUAGUUCCAGUCUGUACUUUUAGUCUUUUGGCUUUCUGUCUGAAAAUAAAUAGCAUAGUCCUUUGGAAUUUUGGUUGGUCGUUGUAUUGAUUAGAUGAAUAUCAACCUUUUCAUCUAUAAAGAACAUUAUAAUUUUGAUCUAAAAAUUUUAAACUUUAGUUCCUCAUUUCAAAGUCUUUCAUGAAAAGAGACAAUGUCUAUUGUGCACCAGCUAUCAUCUGGAUGGCUGCUGGAUCAUCUUGCCUUCAUCAAUAACAUUGAUUACCAACUCUGCCAGCAUGAACCAACUUCUGGGAAUACUGUAUACAUUUCAUCUCCUCACUGUGGUUCUUCUAAUGCAACUUCUACAUCAUCUAUUGAACUUUCUGCUAUAUCGAUGACCUCUGAGCCUGCCACAAAACCAGGGAUUAAUGAAAAAGAAAGGAAUGAAGCAUUAUUGCAAAAAUACACAUUUCGAGCUGAACUGUUUCAUGUUACUAAACCCUAUGUAACGAUGACUGAUUGCAUGGAAUUUCAGCAAGGAAAUAAAAUAGAGGUUCAACAAGAUGGCAGUAUCAAGCUUGAGAAGCAAGAACAUAUUAAAGACAAAGAUUCUAUUUCUGCUGUUAGGAAGAAAGGUAAAAGAAUUAUUCCAUUCAAUCAAGGUGAAUUGGAUGCUAUGGAAUACCAUACAAAAAUCAGGGGACUGAUUUUGGAUGGUACCACACAGUUAGUUCAAGAAGGCCUGAAAAGUGGUUUUCUUUACUCAAUUUCAAAAAAACUGGACAAUGGUAACAAGGCUAUUGCUAUGGGACUUGAUAGCUGUGGUUUGGCUGAACUAUGUGACAUGGCUAAACAGUUGUCUUUGGUGAAUGAAAAUGAACUUGAUACAGUACAGUUGAUAGAGGCAAAUAUAUCUGUUCCAGAACAGGAUGUAUUUUCACGAAUUACCCAAAACAGCUCAAACUUUACAAAGAUGAUUAUUCUAAUGGGAGAGAAAUACCUGUUGCCACCAAAAAGCAGCUUCCUUUUGUCUGAUCUUUCUUGUAUGCAACCACUUCUGAAUUAUGGGAAAAAAUAUGAUGUAAUUGUAAUCGACCCACCAUGGCCGAACAAAUCUGUUAAAAGAAGCAAACGGUACAAUUAUUUAUCUUCUUGGCAAAUAAAACAAAUACCUAUCCCCAAACUGGCAGCUCCAAACUGUCUUGUGGUUACUUGGGUCACCAAUCGACAGAAGCACCUACAGUUUGUAAAAGAUGAGCUUUAUCCCUAUUGGUCUGUGGAAACACUUGCUGAAUGGCAUUGGGUGAAAAUCACAAGGUGUGGAGAGUUUGUCUUCCCAUUAGAUUCUCCACACAAAAAACCUUAUGAAGGUCUAGUCCUGGGGAGGAUUCAAGAAAAAACCGUUUUGCCAUUAAGGAACCCAGAAAUGAAAGUGCUUCCAAUUCCAGACCAUAAAGUAAUUGUCAGUGUGCCCUGUACCCUUCAUUCACACAAACCUCCUCUUACAGAAGUUCUAAAAGACUAUAUCAUGCCAGAUGCUGAAUGUUUGGAAUUGUUUGCUCGAAACUUACAGCCGGAUGGACUAGCUGGGGAAAUGAAGUUCUUAAAUUUCAACAUAUUGAUUAUUUCAUUACUCCGGAGAUUAGAAACUGACCAUAAUCUUCUGAUUAAAGUAAUCGUUCUCUCUGACUCCCCCAUAUCCUCUAAUGUGACCUACCUUACUAUGCCUUUUACUAUUAGUUGUAUGCUUGGGUAUUUAAAUAGUACUAUUAUUGUAUAACAAAAUUCAUUGUAGUGACUAGCCUUUGUAUUCAUUGAGGAUGAAUUUAACUUCCUAGCAGAAGUAAAAAGAAAAAAAAAAAGAGUUACUAAUAAACUCAUGGUGUCUUAAAAACCAAACAAACUAUAGACACAUCUCUGGGAUACAAUUAUACGAUCAGAAAUAUUCUAGCAACUGCCAAGCACAUUGAGGUUUAUGCCAUAUUCUUUGGGAUUUCCAUAUUCAGGGUCUCUUGUCAGGAUUUCUUGACAACAGAAGGGAAUAGCUUCUUUCUUUAGACCCAUUUUAAGAAAAUUUGUUUUUCAGAAAAUAAUAAAUAUAUAUUAAAUUUUUUUAUUAUAGCUUUUUAUUUACAAGAUAUAUGCAUGGAUAAUUUUUCAGCAUUGACCUUACAAAACAUUCUGUUCUAACUUUUCCCCUUUUUCCUCCCACCCCCUACUUGUACAUGUAUAGAUAAACCAAUACAUGUCAAAUAUGUUAACAUAUAUGUUAAACACAAUAUAUGUAUGUAUAUCCAUACAGUUAAAUAAAUAUUUUUAAAGAAUA